CCUAGGUUUUGUCUGUGUUCUUGGAGAAUGGGUGAGCGCAUUCUUCCAUGGCGCCAGCUACUGGAGAGCGCUCUAGAAUCGCAUUCUCGGCUCCGGCACAGCAGAUUUUGUCAGCUGGCUACUGUUAGAGCAAAUGGAACACCCGCAAAUCGAACUGUCGUUUUCAGGGGAUUUGCUGACGGGACUGACGAUCUGCUGUUUACGACAGACUCCAGAAGCAACAAGGUACAAGAAGCUCAACACUGUCCCGUGGCCGAGGUUUGUUAUUACUUCACUGAUAGCUGGGAACAAUUUCGCAUUCACGGUGACAUCGAAGUUAUAAGCCACACGGAAGACGAUCCGUUAAAGAAAGAGAUAAGAGAGAAGUCAUGGUUUAGCAGCUCUUUGCAAACUCGAAAACAAUUUACGUGGCCACAUCCAGGCCAGCCAAAAGAGUCUCAUCCAGAAGAGGUUCGGCUCGAGAGCACGCAGCCCCCCGUUGAUACCUUCUGCGUUGUUACGCUCCACCCGGUUGAGGUUGACUACUUGCAUCUUAAACAACACAAGAGAAUAGUGUUCCGGAGCUCCAGCGGUGGAGAUUGGACGAGCCAGGCAGUGAAUCCUUGAGAUCGGGCUAAAGUUUUGAUACUUUUUAAUCGAGUGCAGACAGAUUUGUCUCGUUGAUCAAUGCAGGAUACGCAAGUCGCGGGUCGUUUGCUAGAAAUUUUGGUGAGAUAUUGUUUUGUUACCUUGUUAUCUUAAAACCAGCCUCGUGGUUUGUGUC